UUUGCAUUGCAAAAUCGGCAGAAAAGUCAGCACCAUCAGCGCUCGUUUGCCUGUGUGUUUUUAUUUUAUUUUCGAAUCCACGAUUCACGGUAGGGGAAAAAAAGAUUUUCAAGUAAAUCACUGUGAAUCGCAACCGUCACGGAACAUUGUGAGUAAUAACCCCAAGAGAGGCAAAGUGCUGAAAGAAGAAACGCAAAAUGCCCGGAGUUUUGGAGAAAACGGCAGCUGAAGCCGAUAAACACCUGAGCGAUAUUACGGCCAUCGUCAGCUUCCAGGAACACGUCUUCACUUCCGGCGGCGACGGUAAAGUGAAGGUAUGGACUAAAGAUCUCACCCUGAAGAAGGAAAUUGCCGUCCACGAGGCAUGGAUCUACGCGAUGGCCGUCGAUUUCCAGGGUACGAUAUACACCAGCAGUAGCGAUGGAACAAUCCGUUGUUUGCCGAAUCCGCUGCAAUCCGACGAGGUAAAAGAACUGCUCAAAUGCGGCGACGAAAUCGAAUCCCUGUUUGUAGAUAGCAAAGAUAACCUUUACAGUGGCGAUGAUAAGGGAAUCGUUACGAUGUGGAUGAAUCAGAAGAUAAAGUUUAAGUUCAAUCUGGCCGAAGAGGUCCGAUCGUUGGCCAUCCAGAACAACUUUAUCUACUCGAUUCGGGACAAUGACCUAACCAUUACGGAAGUGAUGGAAGGAUCGGCUACCGGUCGCUACAUGACCAAGGCGAGCAUUCCGGGGAAAAGUCCUGUUGCUCUAUGCGGUAGCUGUACGAAUGCCGCCUACAAUAACGUAGCGAUCGCAACGCGCGAUGGACUUGGAAUAGUUUUUAUCAGAAAUAGCGCCAAGGAACAAUUUCCAGUUUUGUGGACCAAAGAAAAAGCUCACGACAUGAUCAUCAACUGUCUAUUGGGAGCAAACGAAUACCUUUAUACGGCUGGUUACGAUGGUUUCGUUAAACAGUGGGCUAGUGUGGACAAGGAUCCUAAACUGCUGGCAGAGGUGAACCUCGGCGGUGGUUGUUUGAACGCCCUCUUGUUGGGAGCGGACAACUCGACCGUCUAUGCCGGUGGAAGCGAUGGAAUCUUGAAACUGGCCAAAUUUUCCUAGUACUAGGCAGCUAGAGGCUGUAGCAGAUCGACACAGCAAAAGUGCCAUCAAACCAAAAA